AUGGUCAGCAAACGUCGACGCAAGUCCUCUUUUUUCAGCUCAUUUUUAUCCGUUGAAUAUAAAUUUUGUUUCUUUUAUGCCACUAUGAGAAAUUCUCAAACUGAACAUCAGCAUCUCUGGAAGAUAUUGCUCUUGGGGUUAUUCAGAGUUUUUUUUCUGUUUUUGAUACGUUCUUUAUGUUAUUUAUCCCAAUGCAGCAACGUAAAAAAACGUUUCAAAACACAAACACAAAAAGAAUCUCUAAAAAUCUCAAUUUCACACGUCUUUAGUAGAAUAUGUAUUGUAGAAGUAUUUUCAAAGUUAUAUUAUGCAAUCACUCUGGCCAUAUAAUACAAAUGGGAACAACAUCAACAACUUUCGACAUAUCACUUGGGAUAGGUACUAUGUUAAUGAGCACUAUGACAGUUAGUCCUUAUUUGUUUUUUUUUUAAUUUUUACAUAUUAUUUCAGAGCAUGUGAAUGUAAGUAGUGGUGUUGCAGCAGGUGUCACAAUAGGAAUUUUUUUCAUUGUUUUUGUUCUCACUUUUGGAUGUCGGAUUUACAGUCAAUAUAUAGACAGGGAUCAUGGAACAAGCUCACUACAAAACAGCGGUGAGGUUUCAGACUUUCACGAACUUCUCGAACUAUAAGUAAACUUGCUGGCUCUGGCAAUUCGAUAUUAAUCUAAUUAGAAAGUUACUGAUCUAAACGCGACCUAAUUAGAUUCGGCUGUUUUUUCUUGGCGCAAUCGAGAUUUGAGCCAGCAAACUGUUGGCGUGAAAGAUUUGAACACUUAUUAAUCUAGCUAGGAGAUUUAUUAAUAAUAACUCAUUUAUUCGCUUCGACUACCAGAAAAAAUUUACAGAAGAAGAGAGGGAGAUAUAAAUAGUGGGUCGAGGAGGGAAUAAUGACUAAAAUGACCAUUGGCCGGCAAUAGCCUCUAGCUAGACAAUUUAUUAAUCUAAUUAGGUGUCAUAUCAAUCUUAUUAGACCACCGUUAGAUUAACAACGAAAGCCAGAGGGGCUAUAAAACUCUAAAAUAUAGUUCAACUGCAUUUUUGAUCUUCGCUUUUUUGAAGAGUCAUCCAGAAGUUUCCGGCCUAGUGGCACAUUAGAACGGACUCCGUGCGUCCUAAAGCGUGUGUACGUAAAUGAUCUCUGAAUUUCGCGAAAAAAUCGGUCGCUUUUAAGUAAUUGACUGCGCAGCGACUUGAUUUUUGUUGGCUGGCACAAUCCUAUAGUAAAGAGACGAUACGCAGUUUAUUUUUCACAAUAGAUCGCAUUCGCUUCAACUCGCCGUGACUGGGAAUCUUUUCAAUAAAAAAUAAUUACUUACAGAAACAGUAAUAAGCGACUCAAUAACUACAGACAUGUGGAUUUGCGGACGUCCGUCAGAACCUCCUCCGCCGUACGAGGUUGCAAUUUUUAUGCCAACAACAUCGCCAUGUGCGACUAA